GGUUAUCAAACUCCGUUCACUGACACAUACGCACGUCCUGUCUAGUGAAAUUGGUCACAACAACAACAAUUACCGAGCGCACCGAACGAUAACAUCGCAGUUUAUCACAAUUACCGCAAAUAUUUAGCAGCGCCUGCCCAAAUACACACCAUCACCGAGCUAUAAUGAAAAAUGUUAAAAUUCUUCAAAAGACAAGGUUCGCAACAACAAGCGCAGGACGACACGGUUUUCGGCGAUCUCCCAUCUGCGGUCGACGAUAAUUCGCCAUCUCGGGAUACAUCUCCACCGCUACCAGCAACGCAAUUGUCUUCGUUUGAAGAUGAAGGACUUUUUGACAUUGAUUUUGUCCCAGAUAGAGAACAAUCACGAUUAUCCAAAACGUUGAGUGAAGUCCUCAAUGACAAAUCAGCGUUAUCUUACUUUGUACAAUUUAUGGAGUCGCGCAAUGCACUCUCCUAUCUUCGCUGUUGGCUGGACAUUCAGAAUUUCCAAGCGGCGAUUGACCACUUUGAAACAGAACAAAAGUCCACCACACAUGAUCUAACCUCAACUAACAUAACAAAUAAUUCACCCACCGCGCCUGCGCAAAUCCGCGUUGUUGAACACGACAGUCUUUCAGUGAGCACCGACUGCGAUGAUUCACUUACAGCGGAUAUCUCUAGUCUCAACGACGAUUCCAACAUCAACAUGAACAUGACAACUACGAACAUAUGCACCACACCGCUUUAUGAUAAAAGCGAAAAAAGUGAGAAGAGUUUGAGCCUAGACAUGGACAAAUACUCGCAGGAGUUCACCGACGACGCUCUCGGCAUUUUCAAGAAGUACAUCGCAUUGGAAGCGCCUGAAUGCAUCCAAUGCGCAGAUGAUGUGCGCAAUGACAUUAUCGAGAAGAUAUGCAGCCAGGAAUCACGCAUACUCAACGCGGAUUGCUUCAAAACAGUCCAGGAACAAAUGUUUAAUCUAAUGGAGAAGGAAUUCUUCGAUGCGUUUGUACAAAGUGAUUAUUUCUGCAAGCAUCAGAUUGAUGUACUCACAAGUGGUCAUGUUGUGCUUGAAGAUAUUCUCUAUAACGAAACAGCGUUGUUUUAUUUCAUGGAGUUUCUCGAACAAGAGAACCGGAGAUAUUUGCUGGAGUUUUGGUUAGCAGCGACUAAUUUUCAGCAGCAACUCAAAGACCAGAAGGAGUUUUUGGACCCAAUCGAGGCACAGAACGACGCUGUCAUUUUGUAUGAUAAGUAUUUUUCUCUGCAGGCGUUAUGUCCGCUUGGAUUGGGCGAUAGAGUGCGCUGCGCAGUGGAACAAAAUAUAUGCGGUGAGCAAGGAUUGGUCAAUGAGUGCUUUGCGUUACCACUACGAGUAGUCGAACAACUCCUGGAUAAACACCACUUGAAAUCAUUCCUAGCUUCACAGUUGUUUUAUAAAUAUUUAUCAGAAUUAAUCAAUGCAGUGCAGUCGAAUGGUUAUGGCGUGUAUUAUGGCCGAGGGAGUCGAACGAGGUCUUCGGAUGCGGGAAGUGAGAGAAGUUGCAGCAUUAACGGAAAUAGCGCGUUUCUCGCAAUGGAAGUGCCCAAAAGACGAGAAAAGGCAACGGCGGCCGAUAUGAAUAUCGACACUAGGGAAUUGUAUGAUCCGGAUGCGUUGUGGAGAAGGAAGAAACAUCAUCGAUUGUCUUUCGGGCGCGUCACUGAUUUAGGGCAAUUUGUGACUGAUUUCGAGCCGGAGCCGGACAAGAAGAAUAGGUCGACCAUUCGCAGUGUGGUUAAACGGUUUGUGAAUCUCGAAGAGGACAAGAAGAAGGAGGAGCUUGCUUGGCAAGUGGCGGAGAUGAUUGUUAAAGGUAUUACGAGCGUCACGCUUAGUGAACAUGAGCAGAAAGUUUAAAACAUUGAUCUGUGAGAUAUUUAUUAUUUAUAUGUAAGAUGAGUAUGACGAUGGAUGAUUUAAACGCACUAGAAAAUGUCGGGGUGAAAUACGAGUCGAAAGAUGAUUUAUUUUAGAAUUUGCAAGAGGAAGAGUGGUUACAUUUACAAGAAAAAGGAAACAACUUUAAAGUUAGGUAUUUUCUUGCAGGUAGGCAACCAAACUUGCUCUAAAUUUAAAAAUGUAAAAGUUGCAUGUAAAUGUAACCACGAUUCCCUCAGAGUGAAUUAAUUUGUUCAUUUUUUAUUAUGUUUUGAAGGUUUUAACUUGAUACGACACGUUAACUGACGUUUCUCACGCGCCUGAUGGAACAAUGAUGAUCAAUGAUGUAUAUAUUUUGUCAAACUUUGAAUAACUAGAGAGUAAUAAAGCAAUGUUACUAAUA